AUGGGUAACACAACACACCCUCCCAAGAGGAAGGACUCCAACAACAACACCGGCUCCAAGCAUCCCAACGCCGCGCACUCCGGAGGCGCCUUCUCCUUCUUCAACCCAACCGCUCGCUACCACAUCAUCGCGCCCUCUGUGGGCAGCCAGGAUCAGAAUCCAACGAGAGGAGAGAAGGAGAAAAAGAAGAAGAGAACCGCCUCCGACGAACUAUCCCUAACCGGCAACGAAGCCGCCAACGUUCUCGGCCAGCAAGCCGCCGACGACGCCAAACAGGCCGUCGCCGAGCUCCCUGUGGACGCCGACGUUCCGACACUUUCCGCCGAGCAGAUCGGCCGAGCCCUCGAGACCACCGAUUCCCAGCUCAGCGGCCAAAGCUCCCUCCGGAAUGCCGCCAACGCAGCGACCGUCACGCCCGAGCGGCUUGCAGGCGCCCUCAACACCUCGCCUUCCCAGGUCGGCCGGGUCGUCCAGUUGGGCAUGGGAAACAGUAACGACAAUGGUAGCAAGACGUCCAUCAACACCACGCAGCAGAAGCAGCGCGAACAAGAGCAGAAGGACAGCGGGGUGUACUAUGUCUGGCGGAGCAGGGAUAACAGGAAAGGAAGACACGCGGCGAUUGUUACGAAGCCGGGGAUAUUGCAGCAGGGCAAAAAUGACAAUGACAAUAAGAGGAGGAAUGGGGGGAAUAAUAAAGGGAGCAGCGAUAAAGAAGACGGGAAUGAAAAGGAGGGAAAGGAUAAGGAUGGUGGGAAUUACGGGACCGGUAAGAAAGGCAGCUGGAGACACAAGAGAAGGCUGCAGGACGAGGAGAUGGGGGAGGGCAUCGAUGAGGAGGAUACGAGAGAGGAGGAGAGGGGCGAAGGGCCUAGGGCGACAAAUACCUUGAGGAUGACGUGGCAUGGUGUGUUGAAGAUGUUUACGAGCUUUCCGUGGUGGGAUAUCAGUUAUGUUGUGGCUUUGUCAUAUUUCAUUGCCGCCAUAGCAAGAAUGAUCAACGGCUUCUUCGUCUACCUCCCGCUCGCCGCACCCAAAUCCGAAUUCAAAGGCGAAGAGGCCGGCUCCGCCGCCACCCGUCUCAUCACCACCACCCUCGUCGUCAUCUCGUCGAUACUAAUGCUGCUCGAAGCCGUCAACGAGAACCGCGCCGACUGUUUCGGCUGGGCCCUCGAAGAGAGUCUCUCCGGCAACGCCGACGGUCCCCGUCUGCGCUCCCACGAACACGAAGGAACACGCUGCACGCACCACCACCAAGUCCGCUACGUGCUCCUCCGGGGAUCUAACGCGCGAGACCAGCGCAAAGCCGUCGUGGUACCCGUCUCUGUCUCCGUGCCCGAUGACCAGAACUUGCACAACGAGAAGAAGGAUGACCCCGAUGCUCACAGCGACGGCGACGACGACGGCCAUGGCUCGGAAUCGGAUGACUCGGACGGAAAAGGACACGACAACAACGGUCACCACAACAGCCAACACCCCUCGCGCGCGUGGAAGUGGUGGCCAUCCCCCGACGAGCUCAAGUCGCACUACCUGCACGAAAUUGGUUUCCUCUCCUGCUUGAUUCAACUAAUCGGCGCCGUCAUCUUCUGGACCGAGGGUUUUACGGGCCUGCCCUUUGCCCAAAAUAACCUCUCCACCGGCGCACUGAAUGGGAGCUACUGGCUACCGCAAGUGGUGGGAGGUGUCUUCUUCAUUGUCUCGGCGAUCUUGACCAUGGUGGAAGUGCAAGAUAAGUGGUACGUUCCCGCGCCGAAUCUGCUGGGGUGGCAUAUCGGUCUUUGGAGUUUGGUCGGGUCGAUCGGGUUGACGGUUACGGGUGCGCUGGGGUUCGCUGAGAAUGCUGGGCCGCAGUAUGAAUAUGCGAUUGGAAUGGCCACUUUUGUGUCUAGUUGGGCUUUUUUGAUCGCUUCGGUGAUUCUACUUUUCGAAGCUUUGAACAAGUAUCCCCUUACCGUCAGUACUGCACCUCCUGGCCGCGAACCUCAUAUCCGCCCAGAUGCAGAGCAGCAGACUGGGUCUUGA